AUGAAAGAUUUAUGCAGUUGUAGCAAUUCAAUGUAACCUUAAGUUUCUUCUUAUUUAUCAAUAAAUGGCAAAUUUUCAUCAUUCAUAUUUUAUUUAAUGGAAUUACAAAAUUAAUUAAGAUCUUACUUGAGUUCAUAUGAAACAUACCCUUAUGUCAGAGAUAUAAAAUUAAGAGUGCUUUAUGGUGAUAAGUAAGAAUUGAUAGUAAAAAAAGAUAACAUAUCAAACUAGUUCAAUAAUGUUUGGCAAGUUUCUUAGUUGAUAAAGAAGAAUCACCUAUAUUAAGACUAUUAACAUUAAAAGUAUAAAUACAUGAUAAUUUUUAUAAUAGUUCAACAAAGAAUUAGCUGAAACAUUUAAUGAAGAUUACAUUCAUUUGAUGUAAAAAAUUGUUCUCCCAAAAAUGGAAUAGAUUGCUUUAUUUGAAAUUGAUUCUAAAGAUAAUGAUAGAGGCAAACUGUAUUUUUUAGGAAAUCAAAAACCCCACUAAGGUAUGUAGAGUACAAAAGUAGUUCAGGUAACAAAGAGUUGCAGACAUUAGGAGAUCAAUUUUUGAGAGUAACUUUAGAAUGUAUUAGGAUUUGGGGAAGAUGGUUUCCUUUAGAUAAGAUUCAUCAUAGAUUAAGUUUAUAUCGUGUAGCAUAUGAGAGAUUAUACAAUUUAGGUGUUUUAUUUCCAGAAAUUUAAUAUUUUGACCUUAAUUAAGUUCAUACAAAUUUACCUUCUACUUUUCCUCCUUUAUCAAUGAUGAUGCAAUUAAAAAGUGUUUUAAGUGAGCAUUCUAAAUCUACUACAAAAGAAAUAUGUAGAUAUUUAGAAUCUCAUCUUCCUGAAGAAUAUCAUCAGACAUAAUAUUCAUCAUUUGCUGAAUUAUUUUAGAUUAUUGUCAAAAAACAUAUUAUUAAAAAAAAUAAAUAAGCUAGAUUAGCUAAUUUAUUUCUUGAACGUGAUCCAAAAUAUCAAGAAGUUAAAAAAAUGGAAGAACAUGAAGAAUGGACUUAAUUGUAAAGAUUAUAAAUUGAAAAUUAAUAACUUUCAUAUCUUAAUAAUAUGCAUCAAUAAAAAAUGUAAGAUUUAUAAAAAUAAAUUAUUGAAACUCAAAACUAAAAUUUAUUAUUAUCAUAAUAUCUUAAAGAAAAAUCAUUAUUAAUAGAACGUUAUGAUACUAAUUUCAAAGUCUUAGAAAAGAAAUAUGAUAAACUAUUUGAAGAUUAUAAAAAAAAUCAUAAUUCAUAAAAUCCAUAUAUUCUUGCUUCUUAUGAAAAGAAUGUAAUUAUAAAAUCUCAUUCUUUUUUAGAUUGCUGAAUUUCGUAUAGAAUAUGGACUAUCCUUUUCUGAAAUUGAAUGUCAUAAACUAAGAGCUGAAAAUGAGUAUUUACAUAAACAAUUAGAUGAAUCUGAUAGUAUGUAUGAUAAAAUUAAACAUGAUAAAGAUGUAUUAUUAACUGAAAAUAAAUUAUUAUCAGCAAGAAUAUCUUAAUUAUCUUAAAAAAUUGCUAAAGGUACAAAAGUAGAAAAAGACAACACUUAAACUUAAGAAGAUUUUACAUUAUAUAAAUAAAAAUCAAAUUUAGUUUAAUAUGAAUAAGUCAUGAUUUGUUAAAAAAGAUAAAUUACUUAAUUAAAAGAAUAAUUAAUAAAAAUGAAUGAUAAAAAAUAUAGUGUAUCAAGUUAAACAUGGGGAGUGAGUACUAAUACAAAUUCAAGAAGAAAUAUUAAUGAAUUAUAGGCAUACAAUCUAUCAUCAUAAAAAUAGUCUGAUAAUAAGAGAGCUACUUAAAGAUAAUCUAAAAUAAUUAUGCCUCCUAUUCUUGAAUAUGACCCAACCAUCUUUUCAGUUAAUCCUAAUAUAUUUAAUACCAGAUUUAGAUAAGCCUGUUUCACUUCUAAAGCUAUCAUACAUUAAGAUGAAUAAAUUUAAAUUACAACUCUCACUUAAUUGAAAUACAAUAAAUUAUUCAUUACUUUAUUCAUUGAGAACAAAUCAAAUAAUAAACUUUCUAAUUUCAAAUUGCAAUUAUAAGAAGUAGAAUAAUUAAUGGUUUACAUAUUAGAUGAAAUUAAAAAUGAUUUAAAUCCAGGAGAAAUCUAAUAGUUUAAAUUAGAAAUUUCUAUUAAAGAAAUACCAUAUAUUUUACUGGAAGCUUAACUAUCUUUCUUUAAUAAAAAUGUAUCAUUUGGAAUCCCAUGUACAAUCAAUAAAUAUUUAACUCUUAAAUCAUGUGAACAGAUACCACAAUCAUUUUUUUAUUAAUGUAAACCUUUUUUAACUGGAUUCUAAAAUUCUAUACCUAACUUAUUACCUGAAUUUGAAGUAAUUAGCUAAUCUGAUACUGAAAUUAGUGUUUUGGCUUAAGCUGAAUUUAAUGAAGAAUUAUUUGAAAUUAUGAUAUCCUGUAGAAAAAGUAUGAUGCAAAUUAAAAUGAAUGGUGUUUACAAUGAUAAACUUGUAAAAACUAUCAUUUCCACUUACUAAGGUUUAUUUUUGAAAAGAUGA